GGCGCGCGACACUGCAGCGCCGGUCAUAUGAGCAGAAAGGAUGAGGAGAACACUUUUUAAUCUUUUCGCACUUGCUCUGCCCGCUCAAACAGUUGCAGGAUGUCGAUGACAGACUUGCUCAGCGCUGAGGACAUCAAGAAGGCGAUAGGAGCCUUUGCUGCGGCGGACUCCUUCGACCACAAAAAGUUCUUUCAGAUGGUGGGUCUGAAGAAAAAGACCCCAGAUGAUGUGAAGAAGGUGUUCCAUAUUCUGGACAAAGACAAAAGUGGCUUCAUCGAGGAGGAUGAGCUGGGGUUCAUUCUGAAGGGCUUCUCCUCAGAUGCCAGAGACCUGUCUGCUAAAGAAACAAAGACGCUGCUGGCCGCUGGAGACAAGGAUGGGGAUGGCAAGAUUGGGGUUGAAGAAUUCUCCACUCUGGUGUCUGAAAGCUAAGCAUCGCUGACUGCCUGGGUCUCCCACCUCCUCCCCCCAACGCCUCACCUCAGCCCUUCUUGCGGCCCUCCUGAGUUUCUGUUCAGUUCGUUUGUGUUAUUUUUUUUUACUCUCCCAUCCUCUAUGGCCCUCGAAUGACACCAUUCUUCUGGGAAAUGCUGGAGAAACAAUAAAGGCUAUACCAAAUUGGA